GAGAAUCAAAGAGUCCACAAAGAACCACCGGUAAUUCUUAGACUCUUAAUUCUCUCGGUGUUGGACUCUUUUGAUUCUCCUGGUGGACUCUUUCGAUUCUCCCGGUGGUGGACUUUUUCGAUUCUCCCGGUGGUUCUGGAUUCUUUUGAUUCUCACGAAUUUUGGUGA